UUUCGAAAGUGUAGAAAAGGGAUAUUCGACUACUCCAGUGGCUGUCAUGAUUACGAUCGGAUCAUCAAUAUUUUCAGAGUGACUUUUGUACCAAUUCAAGUUCCUCAGGGGUCGCCUGCCCACGUUGGCUCAUGCCAGUGGCUGUGUGUAUGAAUGGACUGGAUGACCGACAUUAUUGAGCCGACAUUGUCAAGUCUGUCUGACUUCUUGAAAGAAAAAAAAUAAAAAAAACAGAAAAAUUAAAAAAAGAAUAUAUUCAAAAAAAGGAAGGGAAAAAGAAAAAGAAAAAAAAAGCAUUUUACAUAAAGGUGAGGGACCUCGGAGCACUCCUCGGUACAUUGUCGAAGCUCGAGUUCUUCACCCAUCGAUACUGCACUGCAAAUGUGGACCACUAUCGAGGCUACCUGAGUACUCGAGCAGCGGCUGGCUGUACCAAAGAGGCGUUUGUCACAGAGGUGAGUCUGACCAUCCUCCUCACUUACUGCAGCAUCCACACGGCAGCUCUGCUGAACUCUGCAAGCAAUCUGCCAGUGGACUGUUGCUAUUGCCGUUGCCGCCGCAGACAACUUGAAUGCUGUAACAAACUUCGCUGGCGCAGUAACUGAACAGGCCGACUCCCUUUCUCAGAAAAAGACCCUUGACGCGUGCCAGACUGAAGAGAAAGUUUAUGUUUCCAACCAAUGCUUUGCGGCCAUGUCAACAAUAGCGGCAAAACUGGCAAGCAAUACUGUGUCCCUUCCAGAUUAUGUGAAAGGUAAAUCCACACUAUUACGUUAGGUCCCUUGGGAUUCAUAUCGGAAAGCUUCCCUCCGAGUCCUACAACGGCUGCAGGGUCCACGGGCUACCAUCUGAUCGUCCAUGGAAGGACCGUUUGCAGCCCCAGCACGCAGGACGUCCCUCAUGGUCGUGCAAGGGAGCUUCAAGCACGCAGACCAGAGCUUGAAACGCGUUCACUUCAGGGGUAGGUCCUUUGCCCAUGCCGCGUAGGUAUUUGCAGAGAGCCUGCAACACAUCCACAGGUAAGGCGUUCGCCCAAGCUGCAUACCUGAGGGAUUGCCAGACGGCAGAGCAUGAGGCCCAAGUAUCUCUGUCUGCUUGCGGCUUCAACAGGUGGGUUCGAAGGUUUGAAGUCUUUUGGUUUGGUCGGAAUGGUUACAACUUACUACACCCAAACAGGUGUUCUCUUGGGAAAGGCGUUCUCGGUGAACCAUACCGUCGACGCCGAUGCUGAAGCUUUACGGCAUACGGUACGCGUCUCGACAGGUCCUCCUGAACCAAACCCGUGCCCUCGUCGCGCUCCGGGCGGACUGGAUCACGCCGGCACCAACACCGCGAACCCUCUCCACCACGACGUUGCCACGUUAUGUAUAUAUAUUGGUCUCUCUCAUGCUCCCCAUGGCCAACAAGAUAUCAACUUUUGUAUUACUUCGAUAGCACAACACAAACUCUGGAGUUAACGUCAACCUCUUAGCCACGAGAAGCCCUCCAAACUUAUCCACACUUGAGAUCCUGGAGCUCAUACACCUCAGCCACCAGAACCCCUCCCAAUACAUUCACACUUUGACAAACCUCCAGCUUGACACCAUAGCCACCAGAAUCCCUGCAACACAAACACAUCCACAUCCACACUCUCCUCCACCAACCAUGUCUUCCUCUUAUUCUUUCUCCUCCUCCCUCCCCUCUCUUCCAUCGGGCCCAGGUCCCCGAUCAUCCUUCGGCACCACGACUGUUCCUGGGUCCUUGCCGUCCACCAGCUACAACACGGCCUCCUCCCUCUCCGACCUCAGACACCGCCAACGAUACCAAGAACUGAACGAACGCCUGGCAAGCCUGGUGGCCGACAGAACACCGGUCGACACCACCACCUCGCCACCGGCACCGAUGCCAGUGGUGCCGCUGGUACCGGGUGCGGACCUGGAUCAGCAAAUAGAACAGCUGAUCUCCGAGCGAGAGCGGGAACUCGUCCUCGAUCUGGAUCUGGAUCUGGAGAACGCCAAUGACAACAACGACAACGAUGGCAACAUUGACCUCCCCCCGGUAGUUAUGAGCAAGCCUGUCUCGCCUCCUCCGGGUACUGAUGUAGGAUACACGUUUCCUGCCUCAGGAUACCAUCGCUCCUCUUUUCUCCCGCUCGACUACCCCCUUUUGCCGGUUGACACCAACUCGGUCCAGUUUCUCGAAGAGCCGGCGGCCGCCAUGGACAACCACUACUAUUACAAUCGUCAGCAACGGUACGGGCGACCACCACCGCCGUAUCGACAUCGACAGUUUCAACAACAACAGGUAUUACCACCACCAUUUCCGGCUGGCCAGCGAGAGGUCCUGGCAACGUUCAGCCCCAGGGAACAAGGAUGGCGUCCAUCUCAACGACGGACCUUCACUGCUUCAAGAUUUGGCGCUGUGGGGGAGCGUCUGGCGCCUGUAUAUGAGUCUGCGUCGUAGAGCAGUUCAGUGGUGGUCGUGGAGACAGCGAUGACGUAUAGCUACCUGCCAACCACUACUACUAGUAGUGGUAGUGGUAGUGGUAGUGGUAGUGAGAGCCAGUGGGCUCCGGGUGAUGGGUGCUGGGGGAAAGCACCCGGGUCAAGUAGCUUAGAUACGUCUUAGUAUAAGACACCUAAUAGGGGUGUCCAAUGUCAGAACGACUCCCAAAGAACAUUACAUUACAUUGUCUAUCCGUUCUAUUCCAUCUAGUACCUACCCUGCCCUGUGCAUGUAUGCGUCUGUCCCCUGAACAGUGCCGGCAUGAGGGUUUUUGGCGCCGGCGGUCCUUCUACAGACAAGAUCGAGAUACUCAGCCUGCGGUCACCCACCCCUUUUUCCCGUCUCUUCGGACCGCAUUCGCCAACCUCGUUGACCAGCUUGGCUACCCACUCUCAUAGCCGGGGAAGAUAAUCGCCCUGUGGCGAGGAGAAUAGGUGGACCGUGGGCUGUGAUAGUCGAAGAGUCGGCCGGCAUCCUCAUCUUCUUCGGCAAGGAUUUCGUGUUCGUUGAUAUUGCGCAGGAAACGGCUGGUAGGGCGAAGGCAGCUCUGGCCCCCGAAGUCACAAUUACAGAUUUGAAAUUUCUGGUAGAAGUCUGCAUGUAGUAUAUAGCCAUUCGUCUGGGUGUACAACCUGUGGUUGGACGUACCUAGUAAAUCGCCAGGAUUCGAUCGCACACAGUGUUCCCCGGCACAGCAACCAUGGAGACCGCAAAUGACAGGCUCAAAAUCCUACAGCCGACGUACUCUUCCUCAGACCCAGAUACAGUGCUUCAUAGGCAUGGAUAAGAUGUUGAAUGGGUCCUACACAAGACAAUAGCAUACAGAUCACUAUGAACAGUGAGUGUCCCCAGCAGGCCAGGUAUGUACCUAUGUAUGAAUAAAAUGCAUUGAUACCUA